AUGGUUUGCUGUGAGCAGAUAGCGAGCCCAGCCAAACAUGCCCGGGCCCGCCCGGGAGGCUUAGCCUUGCGAGAGGAACACGGGAGCUUAUUUUGGUCUGGUGGAACUGCCGGGGGGCCUGUGCGCCCGCGCUGGGCAGCUGCCAGCUGCUGGCGGCAUCCAGAGGCGCAUCGGCGGCUAUUUGCUGGCACGAGGUUGGGGGUGGGGGUACCCUCCCUCGCAGCGGUUUCUCCCGAGCCGGGACGCUCGCCCCGCGUGCGCGCGAAGCGGGAAACGGCUUCCCGCCGCCGGACGGGACUGGAGCCACGGAGCUCACCUCACCAGGCAGGACCUGUGAUCGCUCGCUCGCUCUCCCGUCGGGUCCCCACCGCGCCACCGCGCGCUGCCGUCCGCACCCAUCCCGCACAGGGUCGGCCUGACCCGGUCGCGCAACGAGCGGCCAGCCAGCUAGCCAGCCAGCCGCGCGCUAACCGCGCGUCCAGACGCCGCGCCUCCCCGCAGCUCGUGCGCCCGGCUGGCCGCAGGGGGGGUCCUCCAUCCCGCCGCAGCCAGGCUCGCCCGGCCCCGUCCCGCGCCCUGGCGCAGCCCGAGGAACAGAGGGCGCCGGCCGAGGCCCCGUCCCUAACGGGCGGGAAAGCCCGGAGUCCCCGCCCGCCGCCCCCACCCCAGGAGGCCCGGUGCGGACUGGAUAACAGCCAAUCAGCGCCUUGUUUACACUCGGUGAUGGACAGCCCGCUGGCGGGGUGCCAACCAAUCACGGCGACCCCGCGGAAGGGAGGGGGGGCGGGGAAAGAGGCGGGCGGCCGGCCGGCCUCCGAGCUCCGGUUUAACUCCUUGGCGUCCGCGCCGGAAAGAGAGACUGGAGAAACCAGAAGGAGUCUUCGCUGUGCCGUUUGGCAUCUACUGAAAUGCCACCACCACCCCCUCCACCCCGCCCCAACACGCACAAGAAAAAGAGGAGCAGGCAUUAUGUAUUCAUCGCCACCAAGACAUCACCUCUCCUUCUUGAGAAUAAAUAACAUUUGGAUAGGCAACCAAAUUCUCACCGAAAUAUUUGCUCGCAGAAUGGCUUAUUUUUUCUUUUCCCCCCCAAAGCGGUUUGGUACUGAUUAUGAUAAAGGGAAUUGUUUGGAGGCUGUUUUCCAUUGUAGUGCGAGUCUUGUGAAUGUAUGCAAGGACGAGAAACAAACGCUAAGCACGGUCUUCACACCAUGACAACCACCCCUAAAAUUACCAAGUGAAGGUAUUUUUAAAAUCUGGGAGCUGAUGGAGAAAGCAAACCCUUAUCUUAGCAACAGAGCCUCGAUUUCCAUCUCGGUUGUCGCUG